GUCGUGUGUGUACCGGUGUCCCCGCGCGCGUCGCGGGACGGAUCUCUGAGUCGCGCCCGAGAAAGGAUCCUCGAGGGGGAUCUCGGCCGCGUUCCGGGAAUCGGUGGCGGCCCCGCGGGUGAUCGAUAACUCGGCCGUCGUUCUCGGAACCGACGCGAACGGGGAAGGCGACGGAGGAUGGUCUCGGAGUAGCGCGAUCGCGAUAUAUUGAUCGAGAGAGGCUUCUCUCUUCUUCCUCUCGUCUCGUCGACGUGAUGGUCGACUCGACGACGCGCCGGGGGCUGGUACGAUCGGACGGCCGCGGUCCGGACACGUAGCGCUCGAGAGGGAGAGAGUCACCCGGUAUAGGCGCGUCGCGUCUCGCGCGGCGAGCGAGCGAGCGAGCGAGCGGAGAGCUUGGAGGUUGGCGCGCGAGAUGACGGGGUCCCUCGACGACGAGAGCGGACCCGCCGCCCGCUGAUCCGGCCGAGGCGAGAGCAUGGCGGCGGCGCAGGGCACCCCGGAGUCGGACACCGGUAGCUUCGAGUGCUUCAGGAACUACACGGCGCCGGAGGUGUUCGUGCAGGGCCUGGCCGGCAUCGUCGACCAGCAGGACGUGGAGUCUAUGAUACGCGCCCAGAAACAGAUGUUGCAGAGGUUCGAGAAGACCAACGAGAUGCUGACCAACUGCAACCAGCUGUCGGUGAACAGGCUCAAGACGGCCGGCACGGAGUUCAAGAAGCACACCGCUCUCCUGGUCGAGAUGAAGCGGGACCUGGAUCAUAUCUUCAAGAAGAUCCGCCUGAUUAAGAGCAAGCUGAGCCAGCAGUACCCACAGGCGUUCAAUGAGGCGGUGAGGAGCAGCCUGGCGGAGGAGGUGAUCGUGGAGGACGUCGACUGCCCGGUGAAACCCCUCGAGCCGGAGGUCGUGCCGCUGCCGUCCGUCCCGGCUUGCGACGCCGCCGAUCAAGAUCCCGAUUCAGAUGUGCCGGUCGAGGAGUUUCAGUUCGCGAAGCUGCGCAAACGGCGAAUAAAGAGUAACGACAGCUCGUCGACGGAGAGCAACAACGAUCAGAGUAACGCCGACACGUCGUCCUGCACGUCCGACACCGGUUGAAAGAAAGAGCCGGGCAGUAAUGAGGGAAAGAGGGGGAGAGAAACGCUUGUCGUAAUUGUCCCAGGUCGGGGUUCACGCAUCGGCCCGCUUCGAACGUUGCGCAGAGAGCGUACGGGCUAAUCAUUCGGUCGGUCGCUCGAUUGAUCGAUCGAUCAAUAGGGCGAUAAGGGAGUCGGAAGGCGCGGGAAUCAUCUCGUGGCCGAGGUGGCCGCCGCGCACAGCAUAUCUCGAUGUCAUUGCUGCGAGUUUGUGAAUACUGUCAAUGUUGAGCAAAAUAAAUUCUUUGUACAUGGUA